AGAUCGGAAAACAGAGAAAAAAAAAAAAACCAACAGACAUUGCAAAGAUGGGCACUGCUAGAAACUGGUUCAACACAGUUAGAAAGAAGUUCAUCAAAUCAUCCCACCAAAGAGAUAUCGUCAUUCCUCAUAGCGAAAAUCUCAGCCAGCAGUCAAUGAUCAAAGAAGUUAGAGACUUCCCCAAUAUUUCACCUUCAUCGAGAUCAUCAUUUCAGACAAAAAAUUUAACCAGAGAGGAUAUUGCAGCAAUUAAGAUCCAAUCAGUUUUCAGGGGUCAUCUUGCAAGACGAGCAUAUAGAGCAUUGAGAAGCCUGGUUAAGCUGCAAGCAGUGGCCCGAGGGGCGUAUGUAAGGAAACAAGUACAAAUAGCAAUGAAUUGCAUGCAUGCACUUGUCAGGUUACAGGUCAAGGUUCGCGCCCGCCAACUCCUGGGCAGGUACAGUGAGUGACCGCAGAUGCACCUAGCCAGUGUAACCUUCAUUUUCCACCGACAAUGAACACUGUUUGCUAUAGUUUUAGGUCAUAACCUUUUCUUUCGCAAAGUUUCCAAUACAACAACGAUACGUGUACUCUUUUCACAAGAUUGUAAGCAACAAGAAAAAUUUCGAGUCAUGAUCCAGGAAUGUGAUCAUGAUGAACAGAACUUUUUAGAGGAUCCAUGUUACAGAUUGCAAAAACAGAACAAAUAAAAAGUCAAAGUAUUAGGGUUUUCACAUAACAGCUUACAGAAAAAAGAAAAUUAGGAACCAAAGAGAGCAAUCGUAACUUAAAUACUGCUAAAAACUGAAUCACUCCCCACAUGCACAUCACUGUACUGAAUAGUUCAUCAUUGCUGUAUAUAAUAUGAUGAAAUACGGACCAUGUAUUCAAACAAUCAUACAUGUAGUUCACAGAAUCCUCUUUACUAUUGGAGUUAAUGG